AAUAUUUAACUUGUAAUUUACAAUUUUAUCCUCAAGGAUAUAGCCAGAAGCCUAAAUUCCUGAUUUCCACUCAUUUGUUUCCUCCGUCUCACGAUCGUAGAGGCGUCGCGCUUCCCCUUCCUCUGUCCCCGAUCCCAUCCCAGCAGCCACCCACUCGUUUCCUGCCUAGCGGCAGCGGCGGCAGCAGCAGCAGCAUCAGCUGAACUCCCUUAUUCUGAGCAGUGAGGCAAACAUAAUGAGAAAAGAAUGAAGAAAAAAGGAGAAAUGAAAAAGGUGAAAAUUGUGGAAGAUAAGGUGAAUCCUGAGAAUGAUGAUCCUUGGUCGUGGUUAGUUCAAAAAGGGAUCAAACCUUCGUUUCUUUGCAUAUCCAUAUUCGCGCUAUUGGUACGCGUAGCCAUUGGUCUUCAUCCAUAUUCUGGUGCCAAUACACCACCGAAGUUCGGGGACUAUGAGGCACAAAGGCAUUGGAUGGAGAUCACUCUUAAUCUUCCACCCAGGGACUGGUAUCGCAACAGCAGUGUUAACGAUCUUUCUUAUUGGGGUCUUGAUUAUCCGCCAUUAACUGGUUACCAGAGUUACAUUCAUGGGGUUUUUCUUGAAACCUUUGAUCCUGACUCUGUUGCACUUUUUACUUCCCGAGGCUAUGAAUCCUAUCUUGGGAAAUUGCUAAUGAGAUGGACAGUUUUAUCUUCUGAUGUGCUGAUAUUCUUCCCAGCAGUUCUUUAUUUUGUGUUAGUGUAUCGUGGGAUGGGCCAAAAAAGUGAUGUAGCAUGGCACGUUGCCAUGAUUCUACUCAGCCCAUGUCUGAUCCUAAUUGACCAUGGUCAUUUUCAGUACAAUUGUAUCAGCUUGGGUCUUACCACAGCUGCUGUUGCUGCAGCACUCUCUCAGAAGGAUCUUGUGGCUUCUGUGCUGUAUUGUCUUGCUCUCAACCAUAAACAGAUGAGUGCUUAUUUUGCACCUGCCUUUUUUAGCUAUCUGUUGGGUAGAUGCCUGAGGAAUAAGAAUCCGCUGCUUGAGGUGUCAAAGCUGGGAUUGAUGGUUAUAGGAACAUUUGCUAUUGUCUGGUGGCCAUAUCUUCAUUCAAAAGAUGCCGCUUUGGGCGUUCUAUCUCGUCUUGCUCCAUUUGAGAGAGGGAUAUAUGAGGAUUAUGUGGCUAAUUUUUGGUGCACCAGUUCAAUGCUUGUGAAAUGGAAAAAAUUAUAUACUACACAAUCAUUGAGAAUUUUUAGCCUUGUUGCAACCCUUUUAACAUGUCUACCCUCAAUGGUUCAGCAAGUGCUUUCUCCAAGUAGCAAGGGCUUUCUUUAUGGGUUGCUGAAUAGUUCUUUCUCAUUCUACUUAUUUUCAUUUCAAGUGCAUGAGAAGUCUAUUCUGCUUCCGCUUCUGCCUCUUAGCCUGUUAGCUCUGGAAGAACCUCGUUCUUUGUUGUGGUUAACACACUUUGCGAUGUUCUCUAUGUUUCCUCUUCUACAUCGUGACAAACUGGUUCUAGCGUAUGUGGCUCUUUAUGCUCUCUUUAUCCUUCUCUAUUUUGCACCUGGUGGGCCUGGUGGAAGAUGCAACGGCAGCAAAACUCUUGAUCAUAGCCAAAAGACCAAGAAAGGCUGGGAAUUCCUUUCUUCCAUUGCUUUCCACCCACUUGUAACGGGCUUUUUCUUUUUGUGCUCUCUUAUUCUGCAUGUUAUUUACCUAACUAUGCAUCCUCCAAAUAAGUAUCCUUUCCUUUUUGAAGCAGCGAUUAUGCUUCUCUGCUUCUCUCAGUUUGUUUUAUUUACUCUUUACUUCAAUUCAAAGCAAUGGAUGUUGUCGAAACAUCCUACAUCAAAAAAUAAACAAAAGAAGCUUGUUUGAUUAUUCACCAACAUUAACUUUAUGAGAAUUACUUCUGAUUUUUAUUGGGAUGUUGCAGUAGACUCGUUUCUAAAUACUUGAUUGUUGAUC